AUGGAUCUUUAUGCGCGAAAUGAGACAUUUACGUCCCCAGAGUGCGUCGGAGCGCAGAGUGAUGCGCUGCAGAACCGGAGCUUGGAGACCUCAAACAUCACCUGCAGCAACGUGUCCACACUCCUCAUACCUCAGCGUGUGGGGCACAAAGAUGAAGACCACACACUGCUAAUCCUGCUCUACUCACUCAUCUUCUUCCUGAGCGUGUUUGGCAACCUGCUGAUCAUCGUAGUGCUGACGGUCAAUAAGCGCAUGCGCACCGUGACCAACGCCUUCCUGCUGUCGCUCGCCGUCAGUGACCUGAUGAUGGCCAUCUUCUGCAUGCCCUUCACCCUCAUCCCGAACAUCCUCAAGGACUUCAUCUUUGGAGCCGCCAUGUGCAAGAUAGUGUCCUAUCUCAUGGGAAUAUCAGUGAGCAUAUCCACAUUUAGCCUGGUCGCCAUAGCGAUCGAGCGUUACAGCGCCAUCUGUAACCCCCUGAAGUCCCGGGUGUGGCAGACCCGCUCCCACGCCUAUCGGGUGAUUGCUGCAACGUGGGUGCUAGCCUUCGUCAUCAUGAUCCCCUAUCCAAUCAUCAGUCACUUGGAGUCUUUUCAGCGUCCGGACAACACCACCGCUCACAAGUGUCGCCACAAGUGGCCCCUCGCAAAGGCGGAGCAGGCCUGGUACAGUCUGCUGCUGCUCGUGCUGUUUGCGAUCCCAGGGCUGGUGAUGAUUGUGGCCUAUGGACUGAUCUCCAGGGAACUUUAUAGAGGCAUCCAGUUUGAGAUGGGCCACAAAAAGGACUCUACUGAUGUAAAGAAUGGACUGACCUCCACUGUGUCUAGUGGCAGCGAUGAUGGAGAUGGUUGCUAUGUUAAUGUCGUCCCGCGGCCGCACUCGAUGGAGAUGUCUGCCAUGGCUGCAUCCACUAGGGCAAUCAAGGCGGAAAGACCGCGCAGCAACACAUCUGAGGCCAAGCUGGAGGCCAAGAAGCGAGUCAUCCGCAUGCUGGUGGUCAUCGUUGUCCUAUUCUUUCUCUGCUGGAUGCCACUGUACUGUGCCAACACCUGGCGGGCUUUCGACGACCACUCUGCCACACGUGCCCUCUCAGGGACACCCAUCGCUUUUAUCCAUUUGUUGUGCUACACCUCUGCCUGCGUCAACCCAAUUAUCUACUGCUUCAUGAACACACGUUUCCGCAAAGCUCUGCUAACCACGUUCUCGUGCUGCGCCGCACCUUGCCAUCGCCGCCGCCGCCACCGUCAUGGGCUACGGGACAACGAGGAGGAUGUUAUGGCAAUGGGAGCGUCCAUGUCCAAGUUCAGUUACACCACAGUCAGCACCAUGGGAACCUGCUGAGGCAGAUGGAUGCAGGCGUAAUCCAGAAGAGACAGUUACUACGGCAACACAGCACCCCACAUCCUUUGUAUUUAGGCCAAUUCUGUACUCUUAGGGACGGUAAUGUGGAGUGGAAAAAACAGGCCGUAUAAUGUAGCAGUAUAGAAGCUUCACCCAUGACUGUGAGUAAAGUUAUGUAGGGAUAAUUGAAUGAAACCCAGUUACAGUGUAAAUACCUCCAUAGUUAUACUGAAAAAAGCACAUAAAAGCAGAAUGUACAGUUAUCUGUUGUCACAGUGGACCAAGGCAAAUCGUUUGCUUAGAUGUUUACGGCGGGGCAUGUGUGUGUGUGUGUGUUUAUAGUGGUGGGCUGUAUGGUAUGUGAGGGAGGCAGUUUAAUAACUUUGUCAUUGUGCAGCUAUAAAUAUAGGAAGACCGUUUGCUACGUAAUUUUUAAAUUGUGUUUUAUAAUUUGCUGUCAGUUGUUUAUCUGUGUUUAUGAUGGUAAUGCAAUUGCCUUGUGGAAUAAGUGCCUGGUUUUAAAUACUA